UUAAAUGAACAACCUUUCUGUGUGGUUCUUUCAGGUCUUCACUAAUUCCUCCUUUGAUGCUGAUCCAGUUUUCCCCAAGAAAACACAGAAAUUAUGGCUUCUGCAGGAUCAGCAUCCAGCCGUUCACUUCAAGACACCCCCACCUGGGCUUUGGCAGCAGUUUGCUUUGUGUUCAUUUUUCUCUCUCUAUUUAUAGAGCACUUGAUCCAUCUCAUUAGCAAGUGGCUCAAAAAACACAGAAAAACCGCCUUGUUCGAGGCCGUAGAGAAGCUCAAAUCAGUGCUUAUACUCCUGGGAUUUAUGUCACUAAUUUUAACAGUAUCACAAAGAUCCAUAUCCAAAAUAUGCAUACCCACAAAAGUUGCAUUCACCAUGCUUCCCUGCAGAAAAAAUGCACCAACAAAAACCACCAAAGCUCUUGGUUUAGAGCAAAUACCAAUAGAAAGAAUGCUUGCAGCAGCCAAUACCAGUGAGGAUCACUGUGAAUCCCAGGGAAAGACCUCAUUUAUAUCUCAAGGGGGGCUCAAUCAGCUCAACAAUUUCAUCUUUAUUUUGGCAGUUAUGCAGAUUGUGUAUAGUGUUCUCACCAUGGCUUUAGGAAGGGCCAAGAUGAGGCGUUGGGAAGCAUGGGAAAAAGAAACUCAGACAGUGGAAUACCAAGUGGCAAAUGAUCCUAAUCGGUUUAGGUUUACAAGGCAGACUACAUUUGCUCUUCGACAUAUGAGUUCUUGUACAGGAAGAGGAACCACUGCUCAACUGUGGAUUAGGUGCUUCUUCCGGCAGUUCUAUCAUUCAGUGGACAAAGUUGACUACCUCACUUUGCGCCACGGUUUCGUUUCAACUCAUUUGUCCACAAACCACAAUGCAUUCGAUUUCCAAAAGUACAUACAACGAUCACUGGACGAUGAUUUUAGAACUGUAGUCGGAUCAGGUUGCCGCUUCCCUCUCCUGUGGUUUAUUGUCGUCAUCUUCAUCCUCCUUGAUGUCCAUGGUUGGCAGGUGUAUCUCUUGGUAUCAUUUGUGCCACUAAUUAUAGUGCUAGUUCUUGGAACCAAACUUGAAGUAGUAGUAGCAAACAUGGCUCAUCAACUUCAUGACCAGGAUAAUGUGAUUAAAGGAACUCCUCUGGUGCAACCAAAAGACAGUCACUUCUGGUUCAGUCAACCGCAGUUCGUCUUGACUCUUUUACAUCUCACUUUGUUUAUGAAUGCCUUUGAACUUGCUUUCUUUAUAUGGGUCACGAUGCAAUUUGGGAUACACUCCUGCUACCAUGAACACAUAUAUAUUAUAAUCGUACGAGUGGUUUUAGCGGUGACGGUUCAAGUGAUGUGCAGUUACAUUACUCUUCCCCUCUAUGCUCUAGUGACCCAGAUGGGAUCAAAUUUCAAGAGUGCAGCAGUGCUUGAAGAGCAAACAACAAAUGUUAUAAAGCAGUGGCACGCUGACGUGAAGAGAAGGAGGAAAAAUAAAUCACACUAUUCACAAUCUGGUCAUGACGAAAAUUCGUCUAGAAUCAUGCAUUCCCCUGAUUUCUCUUCACAUCGCCCCCAAUUAACUUUCGCCGAAAUGAACCAGAGUCAUCCUAGAGAAACUGAGAAUUUUCAUGAUAACCAAGAAAUUGUUGAGGAUCAUCAAGAAGGGGCUGGCCAAAAUGAAAUUGAAUUAGCCAGUAAUGCGUCAUCUACUGAGGUACAUAUAGGAAUGCCUGAGGUCACCAGAACACACACUUAAUCCUUUCUGGCAAAACCAAACAAGUGUGAUAAAUAGGUUAGCCCAUUAAUUAGAGGAUUGGAGUUUCUCGUUUCAAUUUUGGCAUACCCUGUAUAUACCGAUUAUAAUUUGAAUGUUUUGUUAACCCAUUAUCCUCUAUAUCUUGUUUUUAAGGUAAUAAAUAUUUUAUUAAUCAAA